CGUGACCGCCCACGAUAUAAAGUCUGCCACGCUUCAUCAGAAGUCUGCUUCCUCUUUCUGUACCCCAAACACCACUACUGCACUCAGCCUCGUAGUCUUUCGCAAGACAACCGAGUGUCCGCCCGUCAGCCAUGGCUUCGAUUUCUACCGAGAAGGAGUCUGCUGCUGGACUUCUCGUAGUCGAUAACAGCUUGCCUCAAAUGCCAUCCGUCGAGACACUCUUGCCCAAGAACGCGACCGAAACGCCGUCUGAUACACUAGUUGUCAAAGUCGUUCCUCCCGAAUCUGCCAACGCUCUAGGCACUGCUUCAGGUAUGCCUGAGAAGCUAUUGACUGAGCAGACCCAACCUUCGGCAGUCAUUGUAGAGGGCGAAGAUAGCCUUGAAUUUAGGGAUAUUGAAGAGCAUCGUACGCCAACUUCACCAGCAGCCGGCGGUCAGUCAAGCCUUACAGAAAUCCAAGCCAAGAAAGUUAGCAUCACGAUGCAGACGGACCUUGCCAGCACCGCUGUCACGCAUACACUCACAGAGAGGAUCGAGAGUGAGGCCAAGAACGCUGGCGACUCUCCUGUUUGCCAACCUACGAACAACAAUCUUGGUGAUGUUCAACCUGAUGAGCCGACUUCUGGCGAAGACCUACCUAUUGUGUAUCACAUGGUUCCUGUCACAUCUGAGGUGGAUAACAGCAAAGAGAAAAGCGACCAGCUCGGCAUAACCAGCGAUGUGCAGCCGAACAGCAAGACAGUUCAGGAUGAGGCCGGUGGCAACACGGAAGACGAGUUGUGUGAUGAUGGUCAGAAUCCGGUGACAAAGACAUUGAGACAGACCAGUGCUGCUUCAGGACAGCCUCGAAGUGUACCUCCACAUCUGCGACUGGCGCCUAGGCCUACAAACGCGCAAUCCGCUGCUUUUUUCGAAGCGAAACGUCACUGGCCCGCUCCUGAGUACCGCGCACCUCGCGUCUCUGUUCCAGCUUCUGGUUACCAGCCUCCUCGGUACCCGUUUGACCUGGAUGAACUCCAACGUACAAGAGCCCAACUGAUGAAAGCACGCAACGAUCUGGAAGCCGAGCGAAAGAUCAAUGCAGAGAUGCGACAGACAGUCGGGGCAGAGAAGCAAUCAAGCAUCAGCGCCGCUAUGUCAGAAAUGUUGACCGAGCUUCUCCAAAAGCAGGCAGACGCCCUCGCAGCGAAAGCGAAGGCCUGCGAGAAGGAAAGAGAGUUGCAGUAUCGCGAAGAGAAGAUCAGGCAGUUUGAGGUCUACCUGUCUGAUGGACAGAGGCAGCUGAAGUACCAGCUGGAACAACAGGGCAUUCGAGCGAUGAGUGCCGUCGAUGAGGCAAACUUGCGUCACGAGAUCAACCUCAAAACCAAGCACCAGUUCUCCAGUAUCGAAGGCAAGAUCGCGAUUCAAGUCGAGCGCCUUCGCCAUCAAGAGGCUGCCCAGAAGAUUCGCGAGCAGCAGUAUAGGGUUCUAGUGCGUGACGCUCUUAAGACCGAGAUCCUUGAACAGCUUGCUCAAGAUGUGCAGACCAACGUCGCCGAGGCCAAGAUCACAAAAGUAGCUUACGAACGUGGUCUCACUGAGGGAAAGAGGAUUGCAGUUACUGGAGCAUCCGAGACAGCACUCAAGCAAGAGUUCUUGAAAGGGUAUACUGCAUGUUAUCGCUCCCAGGUGGCUCUGCACAACAUGCUUCAUGGUCGCCUUGCUGCUGACAGCAUGGAACUUGCGUUCUUGCACGAUCCUACACACACUGAGAAUCCACACAACAUCGGCCUCAGCAUUGGUCGUAUGGAGGCAGGAGCAGCUGCGAGCGUGGUGUCGAACGUAACGAUCAGUCGCACGUCAAUGGCAGAUGCCGCUACAGCAACUCUGCGUGGGCGCGGCCAAGCUCACUUGCACGAUGCAGAUCUCCACACUCCAGAUGUUGCAGAUCGUCCAGAGCAAGCACGCCUAGCGCAGCAGAUACGCCCCCAGCCACAGCAAGAGGAGCCGAUUCGCAACUCCGUCCCUCCACGUCCCACCUUUGCCGGCGAAUUGCGCGGUGCAGCGAACAGGUCCAGCCCACCAUCCACCGCAAAUGCACCUGGAACGACAGCUGCGUCUAGUGGUCCUAGAGCAGGCCUCGCAGGCCGUGUGGGUGAGGACAUCCGCUAUGAGGACUCUGACAUCGAGCCAGCGUCUCCGAACCUGAUCGACCUGUACUAGUUCGAGACGAUGGAGUUUUGCAGUGCUGCGUUGGACAGAAUGUGGAAAUGGCAUUCAUGAUGAAAUGGCAGAGUCGCGAUGCAGGUGAUGACGGCCUUGCGCCGUGGGAUCUUAUAUGACGGCACGUUCGAACUCCAGUGCACGACGAUAUAUAAAUUACCUAUUACAG